AUGUUCGGCUCUCUCAUGCACCUCGCCUUCGACGCUGCUCUGCUCAGCAUGGUUCUGUCGGGCGUCAGAAGAGGCAGCGGGAUCGCUUUGGACAUGAACGUCUUUCCUGCCGACUUCAGGCACUUUAUCAGAGCCUAUUUAGAGGUCGGUGAAUGGGUGAGUAGAUAGAUGGCAGUGCCUGAUCUGUAUCUGCCCGCAAAAUUAGCGCAUGGACAGACGGCGUAGGAGCUCAAUGAAAGGAGAAGGGAGCGCAAUGCUUAUGAUUCCUUGCCUUCAUAUGCAGUCGAUGGAUUUCUUGACUGUCGUACUAGGCCGCUCGAACUACUUCACCAGGUCCCUCAAGUAG